UGCAAGGAGAGCUGAUCAUAAAAAUGUAUUCCUUUCUCCUGGUAUGCAAGCUCAUAGUGAGACCAGAGGUAUUCAAAGAGAAGAUUCAAAGAGUAGUGCUCCUUCUCAAAUGGAUAGGAUGAAUCCUAUGCAUAGACUUUCAAGCGCAAGCUCAGUUUCGUCAAGUGCCACUUUCCUACAGAAUACUCCUCACGAGGAAACCAAGAGUAUCCAAGGCUCUAUAUAUUCACAAAAUACUUCCCCAGCUCACCCAAGUCAGAUGAAAGCAUUAAAAAGAGAAGCUGAGAUGCUUCACUCUGAAGGUUACUCUGCGAGGAAGAAAGGGGAUUACCAAUCAGCCAUUAUGUUUUAUACACAAGCCUUACAAGUGCUACCAACUCAUUUCAAAGCUCUGUUUAACAGAGGUUUUGCUUAUGAUAAAAUCGGAGAGUAUGACAAAGCUAUUGAAGAUUACACAAAAGCCAUAGAGAUUGACCCCCAGAAUGCAUUCACUUACUACAACAAAGGAAUCUCCCUUGAUCGGAAAGGAGAUUAUGAUGAAGCUAUUAUGUUCUUUUCAAAAGCGAUUGAGCUUGAACCCAAAAAGGCAGAUUUUUACCACAAUCGUGGCUUUGCUUAUAGAAAGAAGAAAAACUACCAAAAGGCUAUCGAAGAUUACACCAGCGCUAUUGAAAUCAACAGUUCUCAUUUUAAAGCUUAUUACAACAGAGCAUUCUGUUGGGAUAAGCUUGGAGAGCUCAAGAAUGCUGAAGAUGAUUACAUGAAAGCAGUUGAGCUUCAGAGUAAUAAUAUAUCUGCUCUCCACCACCUUGGCACAGUCAGAGAGAAGAUAGGAGGAGACAAACUCAGCUUGGCCCUAGAAGACUUCAAUAAGGUUAUAGACCUGAACCCUGAGUAUUCUCCAAGCUUUAACGGAAGAGGCCUUGUCUGGGAUAGACUCUUCAAUUUUGAAGAAGCGAUCAAAGACUUCACAGCAUCUAUAGAACUUGAUGAAGGAAAUGCAGUCUAUUGGCAUAACAGAGCUUGUUGCUACAGAAACAUGGGCUUACUUGAAGAUGCUAUCCAAGAUUUCAAUAAAGCAGUGGAGCUUGACCCUCAGAAUCCAAUUAUAUACUCCAACAGAGGUUUAGUCAAACGUAAGCAAGAGAAUUUCAUUGAAGCGAUUGAAGAUUAUACACUUGAGCUCAACUAUGGUCCAGAGAAUAAUAUAAAAGCUUAUAACAACCGUGCUUAUUGCUUUGCAAAAAUAGGACAGUUCGAACAAGCUAUUGAAGACUACACACAGGUUAUCACCAUUGAUCCGACUAAUGUCCACGCAUUACAUAACAGAGGAAUCUCAUUUGAGAGAAUUGGCCAAUACCAAGAAGCUAUCGAGGACUUCUCAGAGAUUCUAAACUAUGAGCAUGGUAUGGACAACGGAAACGAGGAAGAGCUCAAACAGAUGAUGAAAAAGGAACACAUUUAAAUCAUUAAAAUACUUCAAUCUACUUCCCGG